GAAAUUGAUACGUUGUUAUAGGUUAUACCUAUAUAGUCUAUCGUUCGAUUUGUUACAGUGUGUGCCACAUAAACAUAUAUAUGUAGGCACUUUGCUGGUGACGGACGACCGCAAAUGUAAAUAAAUAAUGAAAAUGGAUUUCAUCAUUGUUAUCUGAGUAAUGAGAAAAAACCAAUAACCUUUGAUAACGUUUUUUUGAAAAGCUAGAAAAAUGGGUCUCUUAACAGAUCCGAGAGCUGGAAACGGAGAAAUGGCCAAAUUUAUCCUGAAAUGGGAGAAGCCCCUUUGUUAUAUAUUGUAUAUUUUGGGAAUUGGUUGGAUGAUGCUUUUGGCUUCACCCUACAUCAAUGAAAAUACCUACUACUCGGAAAACGCAUUACUUCCUGGAUUAGUGAAGAAGGAGAGCAAUCUAAUGUCUGCAGCAAAGCAAUUUUACCAUGAAUUAAGUACGGAAAGGGAAAGAUUUCCUGACCAGAUGCCUUACGCAUGGUUGUUAGCUAAAUUUCACCAAUUACAUCUUGACGUGUUCACUCAGAACUUUACAUUAAACUAUCCCUUUCGUAAUCAGCAGUAUAAGGGGCAGAAUGUUUACGGUAUAGUAAGAGCUCCAAGAGCAGCUAGUACUGAAGCAAUUGUUGUAAGCGUACCUUACCGCCCAAUAACUAGUGUUCAUGCUGAUACUACACCUUCUGUUGCUCUGCUAUUAGCUUUUGCUCAAUUCUGUCGCAAACAAAAAUACUGGGCAAAGGAUAUUAUAUUUCUAGUGACUGAGCAUGAGCAAUUAGGAAUGCAGUCAUGGCUGGAUGCAUAUCAUGGAGUUACCAGUGGUCAUGAGGGUGUUCUUGUUUCUGGUGAUUUAGCUGGUAGAGCUGGCUCUAUUCAGGCUGCUAUCAAUUUAGAAUUACAUUCAAUGACUAUUUCGUCCAUUGACGUAAAGGUUGAAGGAUUAAAUGGCCAAUUACCAAAUCUAGAUUUAUUUAAUUUAGCCCAAAAUAUGAUUAAUAAAGAAGGAAUUCGUAGAACAUUCCAACGCCGUUUUGAUACGUAUGAAAAAGAUAAGUUUAAAAAGUGGCAGUAUCACUUUAACACUCUGAUGUCAAUGACUUUGACUCAAGCAACUGGUAUACCAACUGGAAAUCAUGGUUUAUUUCAUCGCUUUGGCAUAGAAGCUGUAUCUUUGGAAGGCUUUGAUAAUUAUAAAGAUGGAGCACAACGCAAUUUUUAUCAUGUUGGUAGAGUCGUUGAAAGUAUAGUACGUUCUUUAAAUAAUUUAUUGGAACGUUUUCACCAGUCCUUUUUCUUUUACCUAUUACCUUGUACAGACAGAUAUAUCUCCAUAGCCCUCUACAUGACUUCGUUGGUCUUAAUUGUAGCAGGACUGUUUAUAAAAGCUUUUUCUAUUUGGCUGAGGUUACAAGAUUCCAGUGUGAAGUCAGAGAGUGAGAAACAAACUGGCAAGAAACAGUUACAAAGCAAUGAUAACGCAGCUGAAUUUAGUGUGGGGAGUAUAGCUUCCGAAAUUUUAUGGACUCAUACUGUUGGAGUUAGUUUAAUGUCUUCUCCGAGAUUUCUAACAUCAAUAAUCUCGCAAUAUUUAGAUCUAAGAACUGAAGAUGCAAUAUAUUUCACCUUUUUGACAAUCACGAUGUUGUCAAUUUUAUGGCCAAUUCUUACAAUAAGAAGGAGGUCGAAAUAUAGUAAUAUUGCUUUAGUCUGCGUUAUUACUUGCGUCGAAUUUGCAACAGCUCUGAUGUGCGUUGCUAUGCAUAAUUUUUCUUUAGCGUUACUUUGUGCAGCUUUGUAUGUACCAUUUGUAUUAUCGAUUAAUCCAAAGGAGCGCAUUUCAAGCGGGUUUCGUAAAAUUUUAUACGUACUGUGGCCGUUGCUUCAUCCUUUCUUUGUAACAUCCUUUGUUAUCUUAAUUUAUACCUGUAUAAACUAUGGAGAAGAAAAAAUACUGGCCAUACUAGGCAGAUCUUUGAGAGCAACGAAACAAGCUUUUGUACUCAGCAUUAUUGACUCUAUGAUAUACGGAAACUGGUUUUAUAAUGUAGCAGUUGCAGUUAUGUUACCGAUUUGGAUGCUAUACUGGAACGUCAUUAGUCGAAAUACAGAAAUAAAAACGUGACUGUAAAGACUGUUUGGAUAAUUUUUUCAACUAAAGUGUACCAAAAAAGGAAACCAAUAUAAAAAUAAAAAUAACCAUCGCUUUUUAAAA